AUGCGCGAGUUCAUGGACUAUGUCCACAGCGCCUUCUACGAAGCUACAGGAUGGAAUCGCGAUAACUCAUACGCAGCGCUCAAUGUGACGAGUGAUGCACUUCUCAACUUCCAGACCCCUCUAGGGUUACGGCUCACUCUUUCGUCCCUCGCAAGCACCAAUUUCGCGACAUCCUACCAGCUCGGUUCGGUCGGAAUCGUCGACGGCUCCAUCUCAUACCUCUUCUCGUCAGUCCCGCUUCGACUUCUCCUAACGCCGCAGUCGGAAACUGUCAAUCUCCCGGAGCUUCUACGAUCAUACAAACCCCUCGCCGAACUUCCCCACCGAACGAAUCCUUUCCUUCAAACGUCCAAGGACAAGCCCGAAUCGUCUCUCCUCUACGGCCGCCUGUACCUACCCCAGUCCCUCCUCGAAGCUCUAUUCGUCAGACGACUAUCGCCCGCGCUUCAAGUCCAGCUCAGCGCUGUCUCUGCGCAGCACCUUAGGAACGGCGGCACAGCUCUAGGCUUGGCACAAUAUGACGUGGGAAAGUACGCACUCGAGGGUCUGGCCUCCACAGACGGAGGAUUGCUCGGUUUUAGGGGUGUGUAUAAUUUCGGCGGUGAUGCCGAAAGCCCGGAAAAGCAAGCCCAUGUCGAUAAUGACAAGGAGAGAAUCUAUGGGCGGUUCAGCACCGGUGGAGAAAUCUAUUACGGCACCCUGAACAAGUCGGGAGGAAUCAGUGUGGGAACCCGAUUUGCGACAUUACCUGCCCACAAGGGGACGCCUUUAUCCGCGACGCUGACGUUGAAUCCCUUGAUGGGCAACAUCAGUGCAAGUUAUGCCGUAGUGGCCGGUAAGCAUUGCAGCCUUGCCACUAGGAUGGAGUUCAAUGUUUUCAGCUACGAAAGCGCCUGGGCCAUUGGCAUGGAGCUUUGGCGGAAGCCAUUCGUAAGACCUGUCAUCGAGGACGAGCCAGUUGUCGAAGACAAAGUGGUUGUUGUUGAUGAGCCAGAGGAGAAACGACCAAAGGAGCGCAGUUUCCAAGCCAAGUUGGAAUGGCGUCUGGAUGAUCCCGAACCAGUCGCGGUCAAGCCACCACCGCCGCCUCCUCCGCCCCCGAAGAACGAACCAGAGCCCGAAAAGCCUGGUGAGGAGAGGUAUGCUGGAGUACUCAAAACCCGCCUGGACCAAAACAUGCGCAUAGGGGUACUGUGGGAAGGGCGGGUCAAAUCUCUCCUGUUCAGCUUGGGUAGUGGGAUUGACCUGAGGAAGCUCGACAAGCCUUUCCGAACGCUCGGAUUGGAAAUACAGUUUUCCUCAUGA